ACACUCAUACACAGGCAACUGUAACUCGCGUGUGCGCUCUCUUUGUGACUCUCUCUCACUCGCGUUUUUAGCGGCGCAAGAUCAACACGUGGGCAACGCCAAAAACAGUAUUUGUUAUUAUUAAUUGUUGUUUAAAACGUGCAGCACGAGCUUUAAAGACAAAAUAAUGUCACAACGCGUGUUGGUUAUUGGCAGCGGCGGACGUGAGCAUGCCAUCUGCUGGAAGCUCGCUCAAUCUAAGCAAGUGGAGCAGCUCUUUGCCCUGCCCGGCAGCUAUGGCAUUGCUCAGCUGGGCGCAAAGUGCAAGAAUGUGGAUCCCAAGACAUUGGAUGCCAAGGAUUUUGAGGCCAUUGCCGAGUGGUGCAAGCUGCAUAAGAUUACGCUGGUGGCCGUCGGCCCUGAAGAUCCAUUGAGCUUGGGCUUGGGCGAUGUGCUGGCAAAGGCGGGAGUGGCUUGCUUUGGGCCCGGCAAGCAGGGCGCGCAGAUAGAGUCGGACAAGAAGUGGGCCAAGGAUUUUAUGCUGCGUCAUGGCAUACCAACAGCUCGCUACGAAAGCUUUACGGACGUGGCCAAGGCCAAGAAGUUUAUACGCAGUGCGCCCUAUGCCGCUUUGGUAGUUAAAGCAGCUGGUCUGGCUGCUGGCAAGGGCGUGGUGGUGGCUGCCAAUGUGGAGGAGGCCUGCCAGGCUGUGGAUGAGAUCUUGGGUCAACUUAAGUACGGCCAGGCUGGCGCUACGCUGGUGAUUGAGGAGCUGCUGGAGGGCGAGGAGGUUUCCGUGCUGGCCUUUACCGAUGGCAAGUCCGUGCAGGCGAUGCUGCCGGCUCAGGAUCACAAGCGUCUGGGCAAUGGCGACGCGGGUCCGAACACCGGCGGCAUGGGUGCCUAUUGCCCGUGUCCCUUGAUCAGCAAGCAGGCCUUGGAGCUAGUGCAGCGUGCUGUGCUCGAACGCGCCGUCAAGGGCUUGGCCCAGGAGCGCAUUCCCUACCAGGGAGUGCUCUAUGCUGGGCUCAUGCUCACGCCCGAUGGUCCGCGUGUGCUCGAGUUCAAUUGUCGCUUCGGCGAUCCGGAAACUCAGGUCAUACUGCCGCUGCUCGAAACCGAUUUGUUUGAGGUUAUGCACGCUUGUUGCAACGGCGAGUUGCACAAUCUCUCGCUGCAGUGGCGCAGCAAUCUCAGCGCUGUGGGCGUCAUCAUGGCCAGUGCGGGUUAUCCGGAAACCUCGACCAAAGGCUGCCGUAUUACAGGCAUGCCCACUGGCAAUACAGAGACGCAGCUGAUCUUCCAUAGCGCCGUGUCUGUCAACGCCAAGAAGGAGGCGCUAACCAAUGGCGGACGUGUGCUCAUCACGGUGGCUCUGGAUGGCAGUCUGAAGCAGGCGGCGGCUCAGGCCACCAAAAUGGCCCAGAGCAUUCAGUUUGCAGAUGCUGCCGCCCAAUAUCGCACGGAUAUUGCUCAAAAGGCAUUCAAAAUGUAAUUGGAAUUGACUCGACUAAUAAAUUCUACAAGGACAAGCGGCGUGGACAUUGAUGCGGGCGAUGCUUUGGUGCAGCGCAUCAAGCCUUUGUCCAGAGGCACUCAGCGGCCCGGCGUGCUGGGCGGUCUGGGCGGCUUUGGUGGACUGUUUCGCAUCAAGGACUUGAGCUACAAGCAGCCCAUCGUUGUGGAGGCCACCCAAGGUGUGGGCGCCAAGAUUCAUUUGGCCCUGCAGCAUGAACUCUACGAUCACAUUGGCUACGAUCUGUUUGCCAUGUGCGCCAAUGAGCUGCUCGAGCUGGGCGCCGAGCCGGUGGCGUUUCUGGAUUACAUUGCCUGUGGCAAGCUGCAGGUGCCGCUGGCUGCGCAGCUGGUCAAGGGCAUGGCCGAUGGCUGCCGCGAUGCGCGUUGCGCUUUAGUGGGUGGCGAAACCGCUGAGAUGCCUUCGCUAUAUACUCCAGGUCAAUAUGACAUGGCAGGCUAUUGCGUCGGACUUGUGGAGCAGUCGCAUGUGCUGCCGCGUUUCGAGCAGUACCAGGCUGGCGAUCUGCUGGUGGGACUGCCCUCCUCUGGACUGCACUGCGCCGGCUUCAAUGAGCUGCUUACCCAACUGGCCGCAGCUGGUGUGAAUCUCAAAGAGCGUUCGCCUGUGAAUGGCGAGCAUGGGUUAAGCUUGGCGCAGGUGCUGGGCACACCCACGCGUUUGUAUGUGCAACAGCUGCUGCCGCAUUUGCAGUCGGGUGAGGUCAAGGGCGUGGCCCAUGUCACCCAUGGCUUGCUCCACGAUGUGAAUCGCUUGCUGCCGCCCAAGUUUGAAGCUGUGCUGGACUUUGGUGAUGUGCCCGUGCCCGAGAUCUUUGGCUGGCUUGCCGGGCAGCUCAAGCUUAGCGCACAGGCGCUGCUGGAGCGGCACAACUGCGGCAUAGGCAUGGUGCUGGUCAUGCCACAAAGGUCCCAACUAUGGCGCACUGCUCUGCCCGGCGCCAAGGUGCUGGGCGUGCUCCAGGAGCGUCAGCUAACCAGUAGGAAAUCUCGUUUAACUGUGCGCAACUUUGAGCAACGUCUGCUGAAGCUGGCGGCGCCAUUUGGUGGCUUGGGCGAAGUCACUCUGCCCGAGGAGCUGCUGGAGCAGCAGCCGCUGCCGCUUACCGCUGCCGAUCGCGAGGAUUGCUUUGAGAACGCCGCCGGGCGGCGUCUGCUGCGUCUGCCGGCGCACUACAAGGAUCCCAUACUCAUCCUGGGCACCGAUGGUGUCGGCACUAAGCUCAAAAUUGCGCAGCAAACCUCACGCAACGGCAGCGUCGGCAUCGAUCUGGUGGCCAUGUGUGUCAACGAUAUUCUCUGCAAUGGCGCCGAGCCCUUCAGUUUUUGCAGCUACUACGCCUGCGGCAAGUGGCAGCCGGAGUUGGCCGGCGAGGUCAUGGAGGGUGUGCUCGAGGGCACCAGACAGGCCAACAGCAGCUUCAAGGUUGCCCAUCGCGCUGCCCUGCCGCUGCUCUAUGAGCCACAUGUCUACGAUCUGGCGGGCUUUGCCUUGGGCAUAGCCGAGCAGAGCGGCAUAUUGCCACGUCUGGCGGAUAUACAACCGGGAGAUGUGUUGAUUGGUCUGCCCUCGUCGGGUGUGCAUAGCAAUGGCUUCAGUCUGGUGCAUGCGGUGCUGAAGCGCGCCGGACUCACUCUGGCGGAUCGCGCGCCCUUUAGCGAACGCACGCUGGGCGAGGAGCUGCUGGUGCCCACCAAGAUCUAUGUGCAGGCGCUGGCACCGCUGCUGGCACAGCCCGAGCAUGGCAUCAAGGCACUGGCGCAUAUUACAGGCGGCGGAUUAACUGAGAAUAUUCCACGUGUGCUGCGCAAGGAGCUGGCGGUGCGAGUGGAUGCAAGCAAAUAUCAGUUGCCGCCAGUGUUUGCCUGGCUAGCCGAGGCGGGCAACAUAGCGCCCAUGGAAAUGCAGCGCACCUUUAACUGUGGCCUGGGACUGGUGCUGGUAGUGACGCCCGCCAAGGUGGAGCAGCUGCUGCAGCAGCUGCGUUAUGCGCAUCGCGCUGAGAUUGUGGGUGAGGUGCUGGCACGCAAGGAUGCCAAGCAGCCGCAGGUGGUGGUGCAGAACUUUACAGCGUCGCUGCAGCGUACACAGGCGAUGCUGCAGCUGCGCCGCAAGCGCGUCGCUGUGCUCAUCAGCGGCACGGGCAGCAAUCUUCAAGCGCUCAUCGAUGCCACACGCGACUCGGCGCAGGCUAUACAUGCGGAUAUAGUGCUGGUCGUCAGCAACAAGACGGGCGUGCUGGGUCUGGAACGCGCCAGCAAGGCGGGCAUACCCUCGCUGUUCAUUCCGCAUGCGCAAUUUCCAACGCGCGAGGAUUACGAUGCGGAGCUAACGCGUCACUUGCAGGCAGCCAAUGUGGAGCUGGUCUGCCUCGCAGGCUUUAUGCGUGUGCUAAGCUCGCCCUUUGUGCGUCAAUGGCGUGGUCGUCUCAUCAACAUUCAUCCGUCGCUGCUGCCCAAGUAUCCUGGCCUGAAUGUUCAAAAGCAAGCGCUGGAGGCGGGUGAAAAGCAAUCCGGCUGCACUGUUCACUUUGUCGACGAAGGCGUCGACACUGGCGCCAUUCUAGUGCAAGCUGCUGUGCCCAUCGUGCCAGGCGACACUGUUGACACUCUCACCCAACGCAUUCAUCGAGCGGAGCAUUGGGCCUUUCCACGUGCGCUGCAGCUGCUUGCCAGCGGCGCCAUCUCACUGAGCGAUGAGGGCAAGUGCGUGGCUGGCAACUGAUUGUCUACUAAGUUUAUCGUGUAUAUAACUAUUAAGUUUUGACAUUGAAUCUUACAUCAAAAAACUAACUCAAAAUUAAGACUAUGAAUUAUGAAUUCUAC